AUGCCUCAGUACACCUCCCGCGAUGUUGGCGACCCAUCGCAGAUCAAGAAGAACAAGCAGUCGAUGGCUGAUCUGAAGCUGCGACGGUUGACUGAGCUCAACAACCGCCUACGGGAAGACCUCGACCGCGAGCGCAUCCCUGUGAGCACUGCUGCCAAGAGCAUCAUCGCGUAUUGCAACGGAACGAGAGACUACAUGGUUCCCUCAACCUGGGGCCAGGUCCCCAAGGGCGAAGACCCAUACGCGCCACAACAAUCGGGUGGCUGCUGCGUGAUCAUGUAA